AUGGCAAAAAGAAAGAGACAAUCUACCACCGCUGCUGCUGCAGAGGCUACUCCGGAGAAGAGCGAGGUCCCAGUCAACUCAAAUAAGCCAAUUGCUGUGCCCACUACAAAACUUCCACUACUCCCAGCAGUAGGCAAUCUCUCACUUUCAGACUCACCUGUUGGAGGGAUCAACUUCCAGGUCAUUACAGGCUCCUACGAAAAGACUCUCCACGGAUUUGUCGUCACUAUCCCCGAAACAGCAGCUGCAGAGACCACCGAGACAGAUACCAACUCAAUCUCUCUUCCGGCGACAUUUGCAGAUUCGUUUCUCUUCACUGCUCACACAGCGCCCAUAGAAACUCUCUCAAUAUCCCCUGUUGGAACUGGCUCUGGUUCUGGCAAACGAAUCCUCGCUACAUCCUCUGCCGACGAACACAUCCACCUCUACACCCUCAGCUCAAUACUCUCGCGAACUACCUCCUCUACUAAGAGGAUUUUAAAACCCUCCUCAACCGCCACUGCUUCCAAUCCCAAGAACAAGCACUUGGGGACUCUUACCCACCACCUCAAUACCCCCACUGCCCUUGUCUUCACCCCCACCCGCUCAAAGCUCAUCUCCGCCGGUCUCGAUGGUCAGAUCCACAUCCUCCGCUGUCGCGACUGGGCACUCAUGUCAACGCUGAAAUGCCCAAAACCCAAAGCUAAACCCAUAAAUUACGCCAAAAACUACACGGACGGCUACGGACCCAGAAUCGAGACCUUCAGCUCCGAGUGCGUGUACGGCGGUGGAGCCGGGGGUGUUAAUGAUGUCGCUCUACAUCCCAGUCAAAAGAUUCUACUUUCGGUAGGGAAGGGCGAGAGGGGAGUUCGGAUGUGGAAUUUGAUGACUGGUCGUAAGGCCGGUGUCUUGAUGUUUGGCCGCGACGAUGUACCUCAUAAGUUUGGACGAGAGAGUACCAAGGUGGAAUGGUCAAGCGACGGAAACGAGUACGCCGUUGCGUUCGAGAGAGGUGUGGUUGUUUUUGGAGCGGACUCGAAGCCGAAGUGCCGGAUUAGCGCAACUCCAGUCUCCAAGAUCCACAAGAUUCACUACAUGAGCCUUCCGUUAACUCUCACCCGCCCCGGUGUCUCUACCGAGGAGGACGAGGAAGAGGUCUUGGCAGUAUCAACUGAAGAUGGUCGUAUCCUCUUUUACUCCACCACACUCCCGAAACCUGCGUCAGAGGACGAGACUCCCGAUAUUGAUUCCCCCACCCUUCUUGGCGUACUUGGAGGUAAAUCAAUUGGCAUGGUUGGUCGUGUAAAAGACUUUGCUACAGUUAAGGUUUCUAGAAAACUGUUCGUAAUCACUGCGAGCUCAAGUGGUGUUGUCCGAGUAUGGGAGCUUGACACCACCGAGGACAGGGAGAUAAAGAAGGUCCGCGUGGACGAGAAGGAAGUCACUGAUCGACAGGUUGGCAAGUUGGUGGGGAUCUACGAGACAGAAAGGAGAAUAACGUGCCUGGGAGCUAUGGAGAUGGAGGUUGGCGAAGAGGUUGAUGAGCCUGAGGAGGCUGUAGAAGAGAAUAGCGACAGUGAUACUGACGAUGAUGACGAUGAAGAGGAGUAG